AUGGGCGCGACUAUCGACGACGAAGUCGCAGGUCGCCCUGAUAGUUUUAUUUGGCAACCCUUUUCGCACGCAGCAGCCGCUGUCGCUUGUGAACGAACCGAUCUCGUCGCUGUCUCCGAUGUCUUUGCCGAGAAAGCCGAAGCCAUCAGGAAACGCUACGGAGCCGAGCGCGCCUAUACAGAUUAUCAAGAGAUGAUCGUAAAAGAGAAACCCGACAUCAUCUGUAUCGCCACGCGUCCCGGUCCACACGUCGACAUCACUGUCUUUGCCGCCGAAAAUGGAGUCAAGGGCAUCUACUGUGAAAAACCGCUCUGCUGCUCUAUGGAAGAAGCAGACAUCAUGGUAGAUAUUGUUCAAAAGCACGGUGUCAAAUUCAACUACGGCACGCAACGCCGUUACAUGCCAAUCUAUCGCAAAAUCCGUGAACUCGUCGAUGCUGGCGAAAUCGGCGAUGUCCAAUGCUCUAUCGCCCAAUACGGAGCCAGUUCUGCCCUCUGGGGCUUAACUCACGCCGCAGACAUGCUCCUCUUCCUCGCGGGUGACCCGGAGGUAGACUUCGUGCAAGGCGCGAUUAUAUGCAAAGAUUCAGAUUGGGAUGGCAACCGUCUCAACGUUGACCCCGGUAUCGCCUCGGGUUACAUCCGUUAUUCCAACGGGGUCCACGGCUAUAACACCGCAGGUACCGGACCCGAAUAUGAAGUCUGCGGCACCGGCGGCAAGAUCCGUGUGCAAAACAACAGUAGAGAAAUUCAAUUCCGAAAAAAGGACGGGACCUUCUUUGAAGAGGUGCCGUUCCCAGAAACAUCCCGCGCCACUGGCACCGUCAUGGGCAUCACCGACAUCGCCGAAGCACUCGACGAAGACCGCGAGACUAAGGGACCCGUCCACCUCGCGCGUCGCAGUCAAGAGACGCUCAUGGGCAUGAUCGAAUCGCAUCGGCUCGGCGGCAAGCACAUCUCACUCCCCAUGGAGAAUCGAUCUCUCUACGUUACCAGAGACAACUGGUAA